UUGCCUACUAGUUCAUUGAUACACAGCUGGGAGACAGUUAACACCGGACAGAGAGGAAGGUUGAGGAAGUGAAUGAGGGCUUGAUGUAGGGAUUCAAAGGGGAAAGAGAAAGAUUAUCUUGUUAUUUUCCAAAAAGGAAGGUCAGACCAAAGAUAUUGCAAGCCAAAAUGCUUUGCCAUGUUACACGACCGGAUUCGGUGGUGAUGGAGGUGGAGGUUGAUACGAAGGCAAACGGCGAAGACUGUCUGAAUAAGGUUUGUAGGAAGUUGGGAAUAAUAGAAGUGGAUUACUUUGGGCUACAGUACUCUGGCAGCAAAGGAGAGAACUUAUGGCUGAAUUUGAGAAACAGGAUCUCCCAGCAGAUGGACAGCCUGACUCCAUGCAGACUGAGGCUGCGAGUCAAGUUUUUCGUUGAGCCUCACCUCAUACUCCAGGAGCAGACGAGGCACCUGUUCUUCACGCACGUCAAGGAGGACCUCCACUGUGGCCACCUGCACAUGGGCUCCGAGCAGGCCGAGGAGCUGAGCGCGCUGCUCGCCCAGGCCGAGUUCGGGGACUACAACCAGAACACAGCCAAGUACUGGUACACGGAGCUGUGCGGGACGGAGCCCAGCCCCGCCACCGUCAACAGCAUCAUCUCGAAACACAAGGAGCUGGAGGGGCUGAGCCAGGCCUCAGUGGAGUACCAGGCCCUGCAGCUGGUGUCCUCCCUGGAGCACUACGGCGUGGAGUGGCACUGGACCCGAGACUCCGAGGGCCAGCGGCUGGCGGUCGGCGUGGGGCCCGAGGGCAUCGCCAUCUGCAAGCAGGACUUCACCCUGGUGAACAGGAUUUCGUAUCCAAUUAUACAAAUAGCAACCCAAUCGGGAAAGAGUGUGUACCUGACCAUCACAAAGGAAACCGGAGACAGCGUGGUGCUGUUCUUCAAGCUGAUCAGCACCCGAGCAGCCAGCGGACUGUACCGGGCGAUCACGGAGACGCACGCCUUCUACAGGUGUGACACGGUGACGAACGCGGUCAUGAUGCAGUACAGCCGCGACUUCAAGGGCCACCUGGCCUCGCUGUUCCUCAACGAGAACAUCAACCUGGGCAAGAAGUACGUCUUCGACAUCCGCCGCACGUCCAAGGAGGUGUACGACCACGCCCGGCGGGCGCUCUACAACGCGGGCGUGGUGGACCUGAUGACGCGCGCGGGCGAACGCUCGCCCUCGCGCUCGCCCCUCCGGGCGUCGGACGGGCGGCAGGACUGCGGCAGCUGCCGGCAGAGCCUCGCCCUGCAGGAGAAGCUGCAGAAGCUGCGGGAGGCGCUCCUCUGCGUGCUGUGCUGCGAGGAGGAGAUCGACUCCGCCUUCUGCCCCUGCGGUCACAUGGUCUGCUGCCGGACCUGCGCCGCCCAGCUACAGUUGUGCCCCGUGUGCCGGUCGGAGGUGGAGCACGUGCAGCACGUCUACCUGCCCACCUGCGCCAGCCUGCUGAGCCUAACGGUGACGGACAGCGCCCCCUCGCCCAUCCACCGGCCCACGGCCCCCAGCAACUGCCACACCAAGGACUACCCCGCCAAUGAGAAGAUGUGUCAGACGUAAAGGAUAUAUCCGUCUUCGUUCGUCCGUCCGUCCGUCCGUCCGCGUUCCGUGUCGCUUACUUGCUACUCCGAUAGGAAUUUCGAUCCGUCGUUGCGAAAUUCUUUUUAAAAAGCCAAUGAGUAUGUGUUUUCUUUCUUUUUUUUAUUUAAUUUCAGUAUACCAGUAAUUUUUUAAAUAUAUAUAUAUAUAUAAACGUAUCAGUUGACCUGGUGAGCAUUAGCAGUAGGGAUUCGUUUGUGUGUUUGUCGUUGUUUUCCCUCCAUAUUUUUCUGCAUAACUAUUUUUGGCACGAAGCCUGAAACUUUUGUACGGGGAGGAAAACGAUGCUGUAUUUUAUUACGUAAAAACCCAUAUUCAUACUCCUUUACUCAUUUCACAUUUUUAGCUUUCUUUUAAUCGUGUUUUCUCAUCCCAAACUCAUUUACAGUUUAACAUGGAACAUGGUAUGUUCUUUUAAUUGUAUGUGUGUUGGUUUUUCGCCAAUGAUAAGGUAUUUUUUGGGCAAGAGAGCACAAACAUGGUCUAGCACUAAAUCACGAAAAGAUGAGGGAUGUGUCAUUAUUUCUGUGGCGGCUGUUUGCUCACACGCAGAUCUGAGCAUUCUGGAAAUGUCUCCAACUCUCCAAAGGCGUAAAUGGCUGACAGACACUCCCACCAGCUGACAAAAAUAACCCAUAAUGCAUGAAUAAACUUUCUUCAGCAAGUCAGAGGUUUCUCUAUGAGUUGGCUUCAGUAUCUGGUAGAGGGGUGAAAGCUUGAAAUGGUCUGAGAGGCUGUUGUACUUUUUGAUCAUAUACAUAAGUCUUUGUAUGUACAUAAUUACCCUAAUUUGGACAAUUAGUGAUUAGACCUUAAUGCCCCACCUAUCAGUUUGUGCUUUUUAAGCCACUUUUACUUUAAUGAGGUCAGCUAGUGUGUUCUUUAAGAGUACUAGACGAUCUGCCAGUGCAAUAUUAGCUUUUGUGGAAAGCAAGAGUUUUGGGUGGGUAGGAAAAAUAUAUUUAAGAAAUCAACACUGUCACUUUACCACAAAGGUUCCCAAGUGUAUUAUCCAUAGGGUUUGCCUUAAUGUAGCAACACAAUGUGUUCUGUAUGCAUUCUUGUUCUUUGCACAGCUAUUUGUCUAAAAAAGUAAAAUAAUAGGAUUUUUUAAUGACAAGUUUCAGCACUGUUACUGCAGGGGAUGUUUUUUUCCUAUUUGUAUAACUAGGCAACUAGGGUUUUUUCUGUUGAAAGCGAAACCUAUGCUCUGUAAAUGUAGAAAUAACUUAAGAUAUUUUAUAUUUCUUUGACAGAAGAACGUAUCAAUAAAGGUUGUUUUUUUUAAAUAAAAACAAA